CACAAUUCAUCUCGCCAUCGAUAGCAGAUACAUUAGUCUAGAUCCGUCGUUAUGAUCUGCCUAAGGGCGAAGCGAAGCAAAUGACGCAUAUGCUUACAAGCGUAAAGCAGUCUUGCUGGUUGCACACCCAGAGCCUCCUCCUCAUGUGGUGCAUUUGAUCGAUAAGCCCCAGCCUCGGAUGAUGCGGUAUUUUAUCCCCCCUGCUCUCGCAUUCUCGCAUUUAUUACGCUAAGUAAUCGGAGGAAGGAACCUUGGGCCCAAAGUGUUACGCACAGAUUUUGGAGGGAUUUGAGGUCCUUGGGGGGUGUGAUGUGAGGAUUGCCAGGAUCGCGAGAGGCUACGGCGUUGCUUUAGCCUUAGAAUUGCAAGCAUUUAGCUAGCGAGAGAUAGCGAGAGAGAGAGAGAGAGAGAGCUUUCUUCAUAGUUUGAAGGUUGAGAUGUGCAUGGGUGGUUGCUGCAGGCAUCUGUGCAAGUGGCGAACACCAAUCUGCCUCGUCCUGGAGUAUGCGUAUUCUCUCAACUGGGGUACCUAGUCCGGGGUGAGGCAGCCGAGGGUAAAGGUUUGCCUUGUUCGGGGUGUAGUUUUAGGGAUUCUCCAGAGAAGCAUGGUUUAGGGGAGUCGGAGGUGCGGAGUGGGCGCAGUGCAUGGUGAGACUGAUUUCAAGUAACGAGCUUGUUUCGGUUGCGGGGAGGCUUUGAAGGUGUUUGUUGGAUAGCGAGAGAGAGAGGAAGAGAGAGAGUGAGGGCGAGAAAGAGUUAUGGGGUCGCUGUGUUGCUGCCUUAGUCCAGAUCACUUGGAGGACUAUCUGCCCUACCAGAGCGCUACCAUCAUACGAGAAUGCCCUUGCGUCCGUUGCUGCAUGCGCUGGUUUUUCAGCACGCAUUACAGUACAAAUUUUGAUGAGUUAGACCACCAGGAGAACAUAUUCCCCAGUCAAGUGUCCUCAGCCAGCGGCGCAGGUUCCGUAGGUGGCAGCAGCAGCUUAGACACUUCCAUACCCGAGGUCUUUCAGGCACCUCCAACGCCUCUGCCUUACGAUUCCGAUCCCCGGUACCUACGCUCCAUUGGCCGUGAUGGUCUCAAUUACAGGCGAGACAAAAGUGGCAUGAGCCAGAUGAGUGGAGGGGAAGGGCAACCCUUGAGACACAGCAACUCGGAUGGAGGCCUGGGUGGCACAGCUUUGCAAAGACGGUUUGGCAACAGCGGGGGGUUGGACCUUGAAGAGCAGACUCAAGGAUUGAAACUAGAGAGGACUUCUCUCUCUUCAAAAGCCUUUCCUAGGGUUGAGUCUGCCCUUUCUAUGCUAGACGAUGAGGAUGUCUGCCCCACUUGUCUUGAUGGGUACACUGUGGAGAAUCCCAGGAUAACCACUGAGUGUGGCCACUACUUCCACCUUUCUUGUAUUUACGAGUGGAUGGAGCGCAGCAAUCACUGCCCUCUUUGCGACAAGGACAUGGUUUUCGAUGAGAACUUCUAGGUCGAAGUGGUGAGAAUGAGGAUUCUUCCCCUAAACCCAGGUCUAGUAAUCAAAUGAGGCAAGUGAGUUCCCCCUCAAACAAGUCCAUUCCAAGUGUGCCCAAUCGUCGGCACAUUGUAUUCGUUGCGAAGAUGAGCAGGCAGCCAGGAAACCAGGACCAGUCUUGUGUGCAUUCAAUAAUUGUAUAUAUUCCCUGAAUGUCUUUUGACCCUUUAAUGCAUACCAGAACAAUUGUUCAGUGUA